CAAAUUAGUUCCAUUGAAAAUGGAAUUCUGUGAUGUGUUUUUUAUGCGUAAUUUAUGAUUGGCUUGAUUAUGUUGGGGUUUAGAUUAUCUAGAUCACUUAAGAAAUUUUAUGUAAAUUUAGAGGACGUGGUUUGAGCUUCAACUUUAGUUGAACUUUUUCCGUCCCUUUAUGAGCCGUGUGAUGUGUGAUUGUUGAUCUAAUAAUUAGGACCUGACAUUGAUUCUGUGGGGUUAGUUUACCACAAGCUUGGAUGAAUUCUUGUACAAGCUAGCUAGUUGGGCUAAUGACCCGCCUAGGUCUUGAAGUGGUUUAGAGCUUAGGAGACUGUACAACUGAACUGGAGUGAUGCAAUGCAACUAACCCUAUUGACCCCCCAUCUAGCUCUAGCAGUGGUUUGCCCCUUAUUUGGCAAAUGAUUGAUGCAGAUAACGUGAUUGUCAAGGGAAAGCAUGCUAAGACAUUAAUAAUUAAGUAUAAAGGAUUGGUGAAGUCAAUUUAACAAGUCCUACUAUUAUCUUCCUUUAGAUAAGCAGGCUAUUGCUUUUAUAAUUUGUAUUUGAACUUUAAAAGUAGAGUAUUUGGGAAUUACAAGGUUUUGCUGGAUAUGAGGUGCCUAAAAAAUGGGUAACCAACUUCUGGCGGGGUCAGGGAGAAACAAGUAUACGCAGCCUUCCCCGUGCAUAAUAUGGGGAAAUGUUGUUUUUGGGUUUGAACUGUGACCUCAAAGUUGCACCUCUACCACUUAACUGGUGGGCCACAUGUUCGCCUGUUGGAUAUGAGCUGCCUGUGGAGUUCAAAUUAUAUAUACUAGUGUAUGUGCAGUGUACCAUGGCCUGACACUUUCAAAGGCAUAAUUCUAACAAAGUUAUUAUCAAUCAAAAGAAGCGCUUGCAAUCAUCAAAACCACAGAGUUGCCAGCUCAAAUUAGCAGGCUGGCUGUACAGGGUUGGAUGUCAAUUAAUUAAAAUAUAUAAUAAAGUAAUCUUAUGGAGGGAAAUAUUUAAUGUGCCAAAUCACUUUCUUUUCUAUAAAGAAGCAUUUUCAUUUUGUUUAAUGAAGAAGUUGUUUUCCAUGUGACUAAUAACAUAAAAUACUAAUUGGUGUAUGUGUUUUUAUGCUUGAACCAACUUCUACCUAUAUGUAAUGAGCAAUCCUGGAAGGGAGAGUGUAUGAGAUAUUGAGGCAAGGACAUCGCAAUACGCCUCUUUUUUCAGUGUAUGCAGAUUCCUUGCACAUUGCAAUGGCAUCUCCUGCUGAGUCUUGGACCCGAGAAUUCAAUGAAGCAUCAAAACUUGCUGCUGAUAUCAAUGGUAUGAUUUCUGGAAGGAGUUCGUUACCUCCAUCAGGGCCAGAAACACAACGUCAUUUGUCUGCAACUCGGAGAAAAAUAACAAUUCUAAGGACGAAAAUUGAUACUUUGCAGACACUUCUACAUCAGCUUCCUGCCAAGCAGAAAAUAUCUGCAAAGGAAAUAAAUCGGCGCCAAGAAAUGCUUAAAAAUUUGACUUCUAAAGCCAACCAGAUGGCUACAACUCUCAAUAUGUCUGGUUUUGGCAACCGAGAUAGCUUACUUGGCCCUGAUAGAAAGUCUGAUGAUCUCAUUAGCAGAACAACUGGCUUGGACAACCAAGGUCUUGUUGGCUUUCAACGGCAAAUUAUGAGAGAACAAGAUGAUGGGCUUGAAAAAUUGGAGGGGACAGUCACAAGCACAAAGCACAUUGCAUUGGCUAUAAAUGAGGAACUUAAACUACAUACUGGGCUUCUGGAUGACUUGGAUGAGCAUGUGGAUGGAACAAACUCUCGUCUACAGCGAGUCCAAAGGAAGCUGGCCAUACUAAAUAGAAAUACCAAAGGUGGUUGCUCUUGUUUGAUUCUGUUGGUCAUUGGUGUUGUCAUUCUGAUUGUUGUUAUAUGGGCAAUGAUUAAAUAUUUGUAA